AUGAGCAGCCCGGAUCCAAAUGAAGGAUCGAAAUGGAAAGGCGACAGGCAAGCGAGAGAUGACAUGUGUACGUAUGCAGAACAGGCGUUUAACGAGUCAGUUAGGCAGCACGCGGUCUUGUUGCGCCUCGUCUUCCCGCAUGCCGACCGUCGAUUCAAUCGGACGUUUUCCUCUAUCGACCUCCACGGGGGGGAUUCACUCAGUCUGCCUUGUCAGGUCCUAAAUUCCGCGCUCAUCCUCCCUUCCGUCUGCGCUCUGGCUCUGAUCCAUUCCCUAUCCGGCCCCGCGGAUUUGCGACCCGAAACCGGACAUCAGGAUGCGAACGGCAAGGCUAGAAAGCCGACGCUCACCCUUGGAAGAGGGUGUUUGCUUCACAUCGACUCCUAG